AUGAACAUCAACCCACAGGCACUCCUGGCAACCAUCACCGACGCCAUCGGACAACUCACAGGAUGCUGCAUGCCAAACCCAACACUCUACAUCAACCGCCGCUCAUUCAAGGUCAUCAAACUCCUCGGUGAAGGUGGAUUCAGCUUUGUGUACUUGGUACAGGAUGUGGCGACAGGAAGACUCUAUGCGUUGAAGAAGAUCCGGUGUCCCUUUGGCAGCGAGGGAGUGCAGGACGCUAUGAAAGAGGCAGAGAUGUACAGGACCUUUCAGCACGAGAACGUGAUCAAAGUCAUGGACACAUGUGUAGUAUCGGACAAGGAUGGAAGCAAGAUUGUAUACAUUUUCUUGCCCUACUACAAACGUGGCAACCUCUUGGACGCCAUCUCAGCAAACCUGCUCCAUCACACCCAUUUCUCAGAGCCGGAUAUGCUGCGAUUCUUCCGAGGCAUUUGCUACGGAGUGAGGGCUCUCCACUGCCACCGUCUGCCCAAUGUUCCCAUCAGCUCACGGGAGGAUGAAGACGCCUCGAACAGCGGCAUUGAGGCGUGGGAUUCUCGCGACAGCCGGACCAGCAUGAGGCGGCAAGGAUCUUCGCUGUCGUUUGCGGGAUCGGAGAACGGGACUGGAUUGACGGAUAUGAGCAGAUCCGCAUCUGGUACCAAUGAUGCUGCUGCAGGUGGCGCUGCUACAGGUGGCAAUGGACUCGGACCGGCUCAAGACAAUGACGCGGUGAUUGUACCCUUUGCACACAGGGAUAUCAAGCCCGCCAAUGUGCUGAUUGCAGAUGACGGACAGACGCCGGUGCUGAUGGACUUUGGGUCAAUGGCCAGGGCUCGAGUUAAGAUCCAGACGAGACAGCAGGCAUUAUUUGAGCAGGAUCUGGCAGCGGAGAAGUGCUCUAUGCCCUACAGAGCGCCUGAGCUUUUUGAUGUUAAGACCGGAUCUACCCUCGACGAGAAAGUUGACAUCUGGUCGCUAGGAUGCACGUUGUAUGCGAUGGCGUAUGGGACAUCUCCGUUUGAGACGAACCAGAUUAACCAGGGAGGAUCGAUUGCGCUUGCAGUUUUGAACGGCACAGUGCGAUUCCCCACAGUUGACCAGGCAGACCGGUAUUCGUCUGAGUUGCGCGACUUGAUCAAGGCGAUGCUGGUGGUUGACCCAGCGAUGCGGCUGGAUAUCCACGAGGUUAUUGAGCGCGUCGAUCUCCUCUUGACCCGACCUCUUUGA